CAGAAUAGAGAAUGACAAGGAAGUGACAGGAAGAAGCCUGCUGUGGAGGAGGAGGAGAAGAGAGAGCAGCUGAUGGCAACAAGCGCAGCUGGCUUGCGCUGAGAGAAAAGACCCAGCAGGUUGGGUCAAUCCUUGCUUGGGACACUGUCCGCUCUUUCUCCCAAGAUGAUGAAGAGACAGUUCAACCGGAUGCGGCAGCAGCUCAGCCAUCCCAACAUCGGUGGACGAGCCCUGGAAACAGCUGAAUACUUGACUGAAGACAUGUUACAGAUUGAACAGAGAGUCGAACCUGCAAAACGUGCAGCACAUAAUGUACACAAGAGGCUUGUGGCAUGCCUCCAGGGCCCAUAUGGGGCUGAUGUGGAAAAACGUGUGAAAAAGUUGUCUUUGAUGUCACUGUCGGUUACCAUGGCUGAGAGCUUCAAAGAACUAGACACUGAUUCCAGCCUUGGGAAAGCUUUAGAAAUGAGCUGCUUCAUUGAAGGCAUGCUAGCCAAGAUCUUAGCAGAGUAUGAAAUGGCUCUGGAACGAGAAGUCCUACAGCCUCUGAAUAAACUGAGUGAGGAGGAGCUGCCUGUCAUCCUGAAACACAAAAAGAACCUUCAGAAACAUAUUCUGGAUCAGAACACCAUCAAGAGCCGUCUGAACCAAGUGGCCAAAAACUCCAGUAAUAGCUACAAUGAUGCCGCUGCAAUCAAACUGGAGAACCUGAAGGAGGAGGAGGAGGAGAUGAAAAGGAGGGUUGAACAGAGUAAGGAUGAGUACAUGGCAGACCUAUACCACUUUUCCACCAAAGAGGACAGCUAUGCUAAGUACUUUAUCAAAUUGCUGGAAAUCCAAGCGGACUAUCACAGGAAGUCCUUGGAAUCUCUGGAUGCUACCUUAGCAGAACUGAAAGAGACUCAUAGUCAGCCAGACUCCCCAUUCCUGUCGGAUACAGCUGUGCUAGGGGUGUAUGGGAUGCCUCUAGAAACUCAUCUGAAGAACUCUGGGCGAGAGAUUGCACUCCCCAUUGAAGCAUGUGUCAUGAUGUUGUUGACUUCUGGGAUACAGGAAGAGGGGCUCUUCCGGUUGGCAGCCGGGGCUUCUGUGCUGAAGAAGUUGAAAUACUGUCUUGCCAGUGGCUCAAGUGCUCUGGACGAAUUCUAUGCAGACCCCCAUGCAGUGGCAGGUGCCCUGAAAUGUUACCUGCGAGAGCUGCCCCAGCCCUUGAUGACCUUUGAACUCUACGAUGAUUGGCUCAAAGCUACCAUUGUCAAAGAGUCAGAAAGUCGACUGGAGUUGCUCAGGGACGCUUGCAACCGUCUUCCCAAAGACAACUACAACAACUUGAGGUAUCUGAUCCGGUUUUUAGCCAAGCUGGCUGAACAUCAGGAAGUGAAUAAAAUGACCCCAAGCAACAUUGCCAUUGUCCUAGGGCCCAAUUUGUUAUGGCCCCAACAGAAUGAAGGGAACCAUGUGCAGCUAGAUAUGGCCUCUGUAUCCUCCAUACAAGUGGUGGGAGUUGUGGAACCCCUAAUACAAAAUGCUGAGACCCUCUUCCCAGGAGAUAUUGACUUCAACAUCUCUGGACUGUUCACUCCUCCUGUACUGGAAAUCAAAGACACUGAAGUACCUUCAGUGGAAGAGCCCACGUACCGCCUUCACCCUGCUGAGCCAGUUUCCUCCUUGCCUGGAGAAAGAAAAAAUCCUGAGGUGGCCACAGGAACAGUUCUCCCAAAGGUGACCCAAAACUCUGAUGAAGCAGCAGUCACUUUGCCAGCUCCUGUUCCUGCUGAUGAUUCCUCAGCCUCACGCAAAUCAAAGCGGGUUGCCCCACCCCGACCCUUGGUGCCUCCACCCCUAGCCCAGCCUCGAACCCCUCCUCCUGCGCAGCAUCAGAGCCAACCUCCCACCUCAGAGCCUCCUCCCAUUCCUAAAGCCCUCCCUCGAAAAACAGCAGGAAGCUUAACGCGAGCUCCAUCCGUACCGCCACCACUUCCGCCACAGCCAACCAGGCGCCAGAGUCGCAAUGCUCCACUGUCCCCGAUGCCUCCUUCAGAACCUGUGAGCAAUGAGGCAGCAGCAACAGCAGCUGAAGAACAUCCUGCUGAUGACUGCAGUAUAGAAACAUUUGAAGAGUCCAUUCCUCUAGCAACAGGACAUGAUGAGUCAGCAUCUGCGGGAGAAAACAGCUCUCCAUCAGCAUCUGAUCCAAAGGUCCAGGCAUUGGAGAAUGACUGAGACAGAAGCAGCUGC